AAAUAAUUUUUAUUCUUUAUCUAAUUUUCAAUAAUUUAAAUAUUAUUCUUCUGUUAAUUUUUAAAUAUUCCUGUUUGUAGUUUACAUUUGAUAAUUUCUAUACUUUUUACUUUCAAAAGUUAACAUUAAAUUAACAAUUUUCUUGAAAACAAACAACUUUUUCAAAGCAAACUUUUUUGCAUUCAAUUCGUCAUUUCAAUAUUAAAAAACUAAUUUUUCAGUUUUUCUUUAAACUGUAUAUUUUUUAACAAUUAUAAUUUUAUAACAAAAUAUGCGCAUUUGACGUAACCACAAAAUAGUACACUUUUACUUAUUUUUCUCACUAAUAUGUAGGUUGUAGGUUUAUCUUCAUAAAUUUUAUUUCUACUGAUUGAGCGAAAUAGUAUUUCCAAACGGUUUUUUUUAGAUUUUUUUUUAAUGAUCAGAAAAAAUUUUUAAUGUGUUAUUUUCGUUUCCUGUAAAAUCGUUAAAUUGUUGCUUGACCAUUUUUGUCAUGCCACCCUUCAAUUACAAAUUUUGUUGAAUCUUGUUUUAGAUUGUAGUGAGGGUGUUGAAAUGUUUCUUUUACUUGAGUAUAAAAUGUCAAGGUUAUGUUUUCACCAUUUUCACCUACCAAAAAAGUUAUUUAUGACAAGCUGCAAGUACGAUUCAAUAUAUUUUUAUAUAUGAGGAUUGAAUUCAAUAAUUAUUCAAGAUGUACAUAUUUGCUUAAAAUUUUUAAGACAACUAGAGGUUAUAUAACCUAUCUCUCAAGUAAAAAUACAUUUCAACACCCUCACUACAAUCCAAAAAAAGAUUCAACAAAAUUUGUAAUUAUUCUAAAAUUUACACUUUUUAAUUUAAAAAUAUUAACAGCAAUUAGUUAUUAAUUUAACCUGAACUAGUCAAAUUUUUUUUUUGAGAAUUCUGAUUUACAUUUAAAGCCGUUUAAAAUUUCAAAACACUGGUCUACUACUGGUCGCACAAAGCACGCAUCGAGGCACCCUACGAGGCACACACCGAGGCAUCGUACAAGGCAUUCACUAGCAGGGUGCUUCAAACGACAUUUGCCUUGUGCCUCGUAAAGCGAGUGAGUGCCGCAGGGUGGCGCGUAGAAGCUUCCGUAAAUUCCCCCCACGCAGUGGGGUCUUCCUUCAACGUCCGUGCGCUUGUAUAAAAGUAGCACACGCACACUGGGAGCUUCACUUUCCUCCAGUGUCUUACACGGGAAGGACCAUCAGCGCAGCGCACUGAUGAAAUUACCACGGCAACAGUGCUCUUGUCGAGCUUGAGUUGGCUCUGCAAGGAAAUUCGGUCGUCCAGCACAAGCCUUUCUUCAACGUCCGUGCGCUAGUAUAAAAGUAGCGCACGCACACUGGGAGCUUCACUUGCCUCCAGUGUCUUACACGGGAAGGAUCUAACCAACAGUGCCCGCGCACUGACAAGACCUCCACGUCGAAGGUGCUCUUGUCGAGCCUGAGUUGGCUGUCUGCAAGGAAACUCAGUCGUCUCCACAAGCCUUUCUUCAACGUCCGUGCUACUUGCAUAAAAGUAGCAGACGCACACUGGAAGCUUCACUUUCCUCCAGUGUCUUGCACGGGAAGGAUCUACUCAUCAGUUCAGCGCACUGACAAGACCUCGACGGCGACGGUGCUGUUGUCGAGCUUGAGUUGGCUCUCAGCAAGGAAAUUCGGUCGUCUCGCACAAGCCGUUCUUCAACGUCCGUGCUGCUUGUAUAAAAGUAGCGCUCGCACACUGGGAGCUUCACUUGCCUCCAGUGUCUUACACGGGAAGGAUCUCACCAACAGUGCCCGCGCACUGACAAGACCUCGACGGUGACGGUGCUCUUGUCAAGCUUGAGUUGGCUCUCAGCAAGGAAAUACAGUCGUCUCGCACAAGCCAUUCUUUAACGUCCGUGCGCUUGUAUAAAAGUAGCACACGCACACUGGGAGCUUCACUUGCCUCCAGUGUCUUACACGGGAAGGAUCUACUCAUCAGUUCAGCGCACUGACGAAACCUCCACGGCGAAGGUGCUCUUGUCGAGCUUGAGUUGGCUGUCAGCAAGGACAUUCGGUCGUCUCGCACAAGCCGUUCUUCAACGUCCGUGCACUAGUAUAAAAGUAGCAGACGCACACUGGGAGCUUCACUUGCCUCCAGUGUCUUACACAGGAAGGAUCUCUCCAACAGUGCCCAACGCACUGACAAUACCUCGAGAGCGAAGGUGCUCUUGUCGAGCUUGAGUUGGCUGUCAGCAAGGAAAUUCGGUCGUCUCGCACAAGCCUUCCUUCAACGUCCUCGCGCUUGUAUAAAAGCAACACACGCACACUGGGAGCUUCACUUGCCUCCAGUGUCUUACACGGGAAGGAUCUCACCAACAGUGCCCGCGCACUGACGAAACCUCCACAGCGAAGGUGCUCUUGUCGAGCUAGAGUUGGCUCUCAGGAAGGAAAUUCGGUCGUCUAGCACAAGCCUUUCUUCAACGUCCGUGCGCUUCUAUAAAAGUAGCACACGCACACUCGGAGCUUCACUUGCCUCUAGUGUCUUACACUAGAAGGACGUUUACAACAGUGCCCGCGCACUGACAAAACUUCCACGGCGAAGGUGCUCUUGUCGAGCUUGAUUUAUAGCUCUACAAGGAAAUUUAGUUGUCUCGCACAAGCCUUUCGUCAACGUCAGUGCUACUUGUAUAAAACGAGCACACGCACACUGAGAGCUAUCACUUUCCUCCAGUGUCUUACACGGGAAGGAUCUGUCUACAAAACCUCCACUGCAACGGUGCUCUCGUCGAGCUUGAUUAAAUAGCUCUACAAGGAAAUUCAUUCGUGUCUUUCUUCAACGUCCGAGCCUUCUUUGCAAAAGAGCCUUUCUAGUCGAAAAUUGUCGAGUUGCUAAUUCUACAAUCGCUUUUCUCCAUUUUCUUACACAGGAAGGAUCUAUCUACAAAACCUCCACUGCAACGGUGCUCUAGUCGAGCUUGAUUUGAAGCUCUACAAGGAAAUUCAUUCGUGUCUUUCUUCAACGUCCGAGCCUUCUUUGCAAAAGGUGAACAUAUUUUAUAUUACUAUAAAUGCAUUUUAAAUGUUUCUUGACAUCUUGCUACAUUUACAAAUACAAAAUUUGUUAUCUAAGAAUAUCUUUUCUAAUAAAAUUUUUUUUUUAAAUUUGUUGCAGAUCCUUUCUAGUCGAAAAUUGUCGACUUGCUGAUUCUACAAUCACUUUCCUCCAGUGUCUUACACGGGAAGGAUCGAACCAUCAGUGCAGCGCACUGUCGAAACCUUCACUGCAAACAAUUCACCGAGGAAGAAGAGUAUUUUAAGAAAAUCACCUUAAGACUACGUUCUACGGAUUGUGAAUAUUUACGGAUUUAAAUUUAAUAUUCAUUUUUAAAAUGGAAAAGAAAAAUGAUAAUGUAAAUAGUGAUAGAUCUCCCCCAUCUCGACAGGAAAAUGAAAUUCGUCGCGUAGAAGAAUUAAAUAAUUUUCAUCGACGUGCGGUAUCACGUCCUUUUAUACAAGUAUUACCGUCUAGUAACCCGUUACCGCAGUUCAAUUUAACGUCUAACCGCUCAUUAGAAUUAGAAAAUCGUCCCCCUCAACAGACAAGUGCUAGAAUUCAAAGAACAGUGUCUAGUCCUUUUAUCCCUGUAUUACCUUUUGAAAGUAAUGAAGGUAGAGUGCGUCGGCCAUUAUUUGACCCAACAUCCAUGGAAGAAGCUUCUUCGUCUACUAGCGGAAUUACUGAAGAAGAAGUGUCGCUCGAUGAAAUUCCAUCCAACGUUCAAAUAGAAAAGUUCCAAUUUUUCGAUGAGAACACACGAAUGUCAGAAGGAAGUGGAGUAGAUUAUUGCAAGUCGAAGGAACAUGAUUUUGAUGAUGAUACAACGUUAUCAUGGCAACGUAAUUUGGGACUGAUGAACAUCGUGUCAUCAUCAUCAUUCAAGGACAGCAGUACACCGAUGGAUAUUGAUAAUGAAGAGAAAGAGGAAGAAACAACAUCUAGUCCUACGCCGAAAAAAAGAUACAAGCUGAAUUUAAAAGAAGAGAAACUAGUUGAAGAUGUUUUCAGCCAACAGUCAACAUCAAAGGAACAGAAAUUAGGAAGAAAAACUCCUCUUAAGAAGAAAAAAUCAUUAUCUCCGAUACCCAGCACGAGUCGUCAAGCUGAUGAAAACGACUAUUUGCAAAGUCUCAAUUUACAGGAAGAGAAAGAUUCGACAUUCAAAAUCCCCGAGCCAUUAGCGACACCAUCAAAUAUGAAGAAAACAACAAAAUCUACAGCCAGGAAAGAAAAACAACAACAACAGCAACAAACUAAAUUUACCAUAAAGACUGGAUUCGAAUCUUUCUGCCCAAAUGAACAAAUUCGUACAAUUGUGAAUGAUCAAGUACAAAUGUUAUCACGUAUGUUCAUCUUGAUAUCUCUACUUGUCAAUUUUGCCCUUAGACAUCCUACAAAUACUUUUCUUCUUGACGAAUGGUCUAAGAAUGGGCCUGAUUACUUAACAAUUACAUAUUUAUUUAAGGAGAAGGAACCUGUUAAAUCAACAAAGAAUGCAUUUCUUAAGAAGUUGCGAGAAGAAUUUGUUCCUGAAUUUUCAGAAUAUAUGGGGCGACCAUUCGAAAAAUUUGAUUGCACUAACUUAACUUCCCAAGUGCAACAAAUGGCUGCACAAAUGAAUACUAAUUUCACUACAAAUCUCACUACUCACUGUAGAAAUCGACUCGCCAAAUUUUUUAAAAAUGAACUGCUUAAAAAAUCACCCAGCUACAAGGAGAGAAAAUCCAGAGUCAUUGACGAAAAAUCCAUUGAAGAGAGGGACAUGAAGCGAAAAGAAGAAAAAAGGAAACGUGCAAGAAAAAAUAAGAAGAAACGAAUUAAAUGGGACAAGAAGAAGAGGAUGAAAAGAAAAUCUGGAAGACAGAAGAGAAUUGAAAAACACAAUAAAUGUAGAAAUUUGUAUCCAAAUAAUAAAAAAAUGAGGGACAAAUUAAUAAACAUUCAAUCGAAAACGGAACAGAAAUCACGUAAUGUUGAUCUGAGGAAAAUUGUCUACGACGCAAGGAAAACUAUUGGAAGGAAUCGAGGCAAGAAGAAAUCUUCCAAGAAGCCGAGAAUUCAACCACCAAAGACAACACCCAAAAACAAAACGUGCAGAAAUCUGCAGAAGGAAAUAACACCUGAAAAUGAAACAAGCGAUGAAACAUCUGCAACAAUCGAAAAAGACAAAGCGGAGGAGGAAGAAGAAGAAGAAAAAGAAGGUUACACAAUUAAAACCUUAAUUGACAAUCUUCUUUUAAAUAAAUGCGAAAGUGAAAAAUUAAAUCAAAUGAAUUUGGAGAAAUUGAACUUUGGAGAUAUCGAGGAUAAAAAUACGUGUCACAAAUUUCUCCCUUUUUAUAUUCGCUUACAAAAAUACUUUGUCGAUGAAAAAAUUAAAGGCUUCAUGCUUGUGCCUAUUAUGAAACCUGGUUUAAAGUACAUCUGCUACACAAAUACUGCACUGAGUGAUUUAGAAAUUGUUUUCAAGAAGAAGCAAAAUAAAACUGAAGAAAAAACACCAACAAAGAAAAUGACGAGAGCCGAAAUUUCGAAACAAGAGGCAGAACACAAGAAACUCAUCUCACCGGUAAAAGAAAAGCAUAAGAAAUUGUCGAGUGAUAAGAAAAUUUUGACGAGAGAUAUAAAGUUAAUAAAAAGUGAAAAAAAUCCCUACAAUAAAAAAAGAUUGGCCGAAUUGCAAUUAAAAUUAAAAGUUUUAAAUGAAGAUUUAUCCAUCAUCAACAGUGAAUUAAAAAACAUUUCCGAAAAUCACAAAAAAGUCGUGACUGAGAGGAAUCAAGAUAAAUAUCUGGAAAAUGAACGAAGAUGGGAAAGACUUUUCAAUUUCUCGAAAUUACGCGUUAAUAAAAAGAAGUAUAAAUUUUCAGGGACAAUUAUGACCGACGGGAUUGCCGUUUCAGUAAUUUAUAAUGUUAUAAAACCAAAGAAAAUAAUUGAUUUCUCACCAACCGAACAGGAAAAUGUGCGCGAUAAGACUAAAUAUAAAAUUUUAAAAGGACUAGACCCAGGAUUAAAGCUUGCUUUCGGUGGGGUUGAAAGGGAAAUGCAGCAAGACUUUGAUAUUAAUUCUAAAGACAAACCGAUUAAAAUCCCCACGGCAACAUUUCGUUUCGAAACUCAGGAAUGUAAACGGCGAUCGAUUCUAUAUAAAGUAGGAAAUGAUCCGAAAACGUACUACGAAAAUUUAUUAGAGACUCCCGAAUUUAAAGACAACGUAAAUCAUCGCGAUCCAUCCCUUAUUAUUCCGUGUACUAAAUUUUUAUUAAGAACCUUUUACGAUCAACAACCGAACAUGGAGAAUAAGAAAAUUGCUCGUCUCAGGUGGGAUAAGUACAUGCUUGUUCAACGAGAAACGGAUUAUCUUGCCGAUUAUCUGGUAGGGAAUAGAGAAAAAAAACAACUCAUAGCAAUAGGCAGUCCAAAAAUCUCCCCGUGGAUGCGUGGUCAUGUGCGCAUGCCAUUAAAAAAAGUGGUACGAAGAUUAGCCGAAGAGCAAGAUAAAUAUAAAAAUUUACGUCUUGUUUUUGUCGACGAAUUUAAUACCACUAAAAUGUGCAGUACAUGUGAUCAGAAGAUGAAAAUUCUAAGAAAUAGAACUGCCUAUUGCUCCAGUUGCAGAAUAGCAUGGAAUAGAGACGUGAACGCUGGAAGAAACAUUUUGAAUUUAGCUCUAGUUCGACUCGGUAUAAUUCAAAAAGAACAGCUUCCCGACUCGACCAAAUUCCGCGCGAUCGCGGAAAUAGAGUAAUAAUCUUCCGCGUUUACUUAAAAAAUGGGGUAGAUCUAUCUACUAUACAAUAAUUGGUUUUCUUCACUUGAUGGGAGACCAUGCCUUUGCACAAAGGCGUACACCACCAAAUGAGCUAUAACUUUGCUGCAUGUAUUGUAAAAGUACCUUUAAAGUUUCCAGCCCUGCUUAUAAACCUUAGGUUAAGUCCACAAUAGGCACUUUUCUUAAAGCGAUGCAUACCCUCUACAUCGUUUUAAGAAAAGUGCCUAUUGUGGACUCAACCUAAAGUUUCGAAUCAAUCAUUUAAACUUUAAGGGUGCGAAAUUCAAUCUUUAUACAUAGUGUAAAGUUAUAGUCUUAUUUUUAACGGUGUAUUUGCAAAUAAAGACAUUUGUGUCAGUGCAACGAUUAUCUUAUUUUCUACUCUUAAUGAAUGCAUCACUUCAUCCAGCUUUAAAGCUUUUCUCAAGAUUAAAUGUCAAUAUUUUUUGUCAACAAUCACAUUAAUGACAAAGUCAAUAAUGACAACGUCAAGAAAAAAUGCAAAACAUUUUUUUUUCUUUUUUGACUAUUGAUUAUCACAAGAUUUCGCUCGCGACCUAUUCCAAUAUUUCCUUGAAAUUGAAAUGCAUAUUAUUAUAGAGUCACGUGUGUCAAUGUUAUUCGCUAUUUCAUAAUUCGUUGAUUCCACAUUAAUAAUCGUUUCCAUAAAUUUUCGUUCCCCUCUUUCUCUGACUAUUGAUAUUUCUAAAAAAUAAAAAAGAUUCAUUUUUAUUAAUGAAACAUUUUUUGCAAAUUUUUCGUUUCAUUAUUAACUGUUAUUUCAAAUUAAAGGAAAUUCAAUAUUUAUCGCUCUAUAUGGUUGUUAUUUAUAAUUAAAGGGAAGAAAGUGAAGAAAAUUAAAAAAAAGAAAAAUAUAGCGAAAGAUGCAGCGUAAAAAAAUAGAUUAUAUUAUUGUCACGUGCUCGAUGUAUAAUUUUAUUGUAGGAAAAAAAGGCGCUUACUUAAGCAGUGCGUUCUCUUUUUUUUGUAUUUCCUUUAUCAAAAUUGCGAUUAGUUUCUCAAAUUAUAAAUACAAACUCAAUUUUUAAUUCAUUUCUAGAAAUUAAUUUUCUUAUUCAUUCGAAUUACAAAAGUUUUAAUUUUCCUGUUUAUUCGAAUUUCAAAAAAUAUAAUUUCUCUUCAUUCGAAUUAUUUUUUUUCCUGCUUAAGAAAAACAAUUUAAAAUCCACCAAUCCAAUCAAAUACAUCGAUCUCCUUAUUGUUUUCCUUAAGAAAUUUUCUAUAUGUCUUCUAUAAACUGGGUCAAACCCUUGUGCAGUCAAUAAAUGCUGCUUGAUAUAAUAUUCAUGAAAAGCGUUUUUUUUACUAUUUUGAAACUUAAUUUAACGCUCAAUUUGCUUUUCCAAUAAUAAUUAAAAUUUCCAAUUUACGAUGUUUUAUUACUUAAAACAGAAUCAAAACAAAUUUUACUUUUCUAAA